AUGGGCGAGUUGGAAGUGGCAAUUGUCAUGUAUGCCGUAAUCGGCCUUUGCACGUUGCUGUAUGGCUGGCUGAAAUCCCGCAUGUUGUAUUGGCGACGCCUCGGCAUACCCUGUGAAGAGCCACAAUUCCUGGUGGGCAAUGUCAAAGAUGUCGGAGUGAAGCGACAUUUCUAUGAACCCUUACGCGAGGUAUAUGAUAAAUUUAAAGGUACCGGACCAUUUUGCGGCUUCUAUAUGCUGGUGCAACCUGUGGCCUUGGUAAUGGACCUGGAUUUGGUGAAAAAUAUUUUAAUUAAAGAUUUUCAACAUUUCGAAAAUCGUGCUGUUUUCCAUAAUGCCAAAGAUGAUCCCCUAACGGGUCACCUGUUCAAUUUGGAGGGGUCGCUGUGGAAGAAUUUGCGUACAAAGCUCUCGCCUACCUUUACAUCGGGAAAAAUGAAACAAAUGUUCCCCUUGGUGGUCCAAGUGGCCAAUGACUGCCGCGAGGUAUUGGACGAUAUGCUGAGGGUGUCCAAAGAAGUAGAUGUCAAGGAAUUGAUGGCCCGCUAUACCACCGAUGUGAUUGGUACCUGUGCCUUUGGCUUGCAAUGCAAUAGCCUUAAAGACCCUGAGGCGGAAUUUAGGGUUAUGAAUAGAGAAAUGUUCACCAAAUUCCGUCAUCCCAAAAUUGUGCAUGCUUUCAUGCAUACCUUUCCAGCAUUGGCGAAACGGUUGCGAAUGCGUGAAAUGUUAAAUGAAACCGAUAAAUUCUAUUUUCGCAUUGUUCGGGAAACGGUGGAAUAUCGCGAGAAGAACAAUGUGAAACGUAAUGAUUUCAUGAAUAUGAUGAUUGAAAUGAAAAAUUCGAAAAACGAAUCGGAACGUUUGAAUAUGCGGGAAAUCACAGCAAAUGCUUUUCUAUUUUUCGUGGCUGGAUUUGAGACAUCCUCAACCACCCUGUCCUUUGCUCUCUAUGAAUUGGCCAAGAAUCAAAGGGUCCAAGAUAAGCUAAGGCAGGAGAUAUGUGACACUUUGGAGAAAUAUCAAGGGGAAAUUACCUAUGAAGCUACCCAGGAAAUGAAAUACUUGGAACAGGUUAUAAUGGAAACUCUACGCAAAUACUCUGUCCUGCCUCAACUGCAACGCCGCGCUGAGGUUGAUUACCCCACCGAUAUACCCGGCUAUGUAAUACGCAAGGGUACUCUUGUUUACAUCCCCGUCGAUGCCAUACAACAUGAUCCGGAAAUUUAUCCCGAACCUGAGAAAUUCCGUCCCGAACGUUUCGAGCCGGAGGAAAUGCAACAACGUCACUCCAUGGCUUGGCUGCCAUUUGGUGAUGGUCCCCGUAAUUGUAUCGGCAUGCGUUUUGGUAAAAUGCAAGUUCGUGUUUUGUUAAUAUCGCUACUGAGAGAUUAUCGUUUUACGUUGGGCGCCAAGACACCAAAUACAUUGCCCAUCAAUGUUUCACUGCCGUUGAUAACACCGGAUAAGGAGGUUCUGCUUAAUGUCGAGAAGUGUUGA